GAAAUUUUUCAUAGAUAUCUAUGGAUGUGCCCAUAUACUCGUAGAUGUCAAAAUAAUUAUGUUCAUAAAAAGUUGUGUCUGUGGCCGCCCGAAAGUUACCUACCUACUAGGUACAGUACCUUAUGUAGGUAAGGUUAUGGAGGAGUAACGGAAGGUAAGGGCGUGGAUCCAAGCUCAAAAAAUUCCACUAGCCGCAAACGCGUCAAUACCAACAUCAACCCCCCGUAUCCAUCUGUAAACGCGCAUCAAUUACAGUACCUAGUGGACAAAAUGAAGGACUUCGGGGAAUACCCGCCAAAUAUGGCGCCUCAGGAUGCGCUCGUAGUACGCGAACAAGCCGAACCCGAUCACGCCGUUGUUCCUUACACCGGUGAAGACCUUGCGCGACCUAGACUCGGACCUCUCAACCCAUUCAAAGACGAAGCGAACACCACAUUAAAACGUAAAAAUAUCCUUACCGGCCAUGCUGAGGAGACGUAUCUUAGUGAACACACAUUUCGCAGUAAACAUCGCGCCAUCGAACGCAAGGGCGGCCCCGAGAGAGAAUACCAGACCGGCGUUAUAGUAAAAGAGGAAGCUGCCAAGCUACGCGCAUCAAGGCAAAAGAAGGGCGACGCGACUAUAGCCGACGGAGAUGGCGCAUACGUAGGACCUUGGGCGAAAUACAAAAAGGAUGAAUAUGAAGAAGUCGCAGAGGAUGAAGAGAUAGGGAGUGAUGAAGAAGUCGAAUACGUAUACGAGGAUGAUGACGAUGUCGUAGCGAGCGGCACUGUCGUCUCGGCACCUGCAGGCGCGAUAGCCAGGAGGAAAGAGGUCGAGGAACUUGGCGAUGAACAAACCGUUUUCCAUGGCGAGCAAGAACACGAUUACCAAGGAAGGAGCUACAUGCACGUACCGCAAGACCUCGACGUCGAUUUACGAAAAGAGAGUGGCAGCAUCACGAAUUACAUACCCAAGAAGCUCGUCCACACAUGGAACAAUCACAACAAACAGGCCGUUACAGCUCUUCGAUUCAUUCCCAACUCGGGCCACUUGUUACUAUCGUCUGGCGCGGAUACGACAGUCAAGAUCUGGGACGUGUACCACCAAAAAGAGCUUCUACGAAGCUAUCUCGGGCAUUCCAAGGCUGUAUCGGAUAUAUGCUUCAACAUCGAUGGCACACAGUUCCUGUCCGGUUCGUAUGAUCGACAAAUGAAGUUGUGGGAUACGGAAACAGGCAAAUGCAUCAACAAGUUCACGACCGGCCAACUCCCCCAUGUCAUCAAAUUCAACCCGUCACCUGAGCACUCCCACGAAUUCCUUGCUGGUAUGUCGGAUAAGAAGAUUGUCCAAUUCGACACGCGAACAAAGGAGCUCGUCCAGGAAUACGAUCACCAUCUCAACGCCAUCAACACUAUCACCUUUGUGGACGACAACCGCCGGUUCAUGACUACCUCGGACGACAAGUCGCUACGCGCAUGGGACUACAACAUUCCAGUUCCCAUCAAAUACAUCGCGGAGCCGUAUAUGUAUCCGAUGACACGUGCAUGCCUACACCCAUCCAGCAAGUACGUGGCAUACCAGUCAUCGGAUAACCAAAUCGUUGUCUAUGGCGCGAACGACAAGUUCCGCCAAAACCGCAAGAAGAGUUACCGAGGCCACAACAACGCCGGUACCGCCAUCGACGUCGCCUGCAGUCCUGAUGGACAGUUCCUGGCGAGUGGUGACAGUGGCGGUUUCGUCUGCUUCUGGGACUGGAAGACCUGCAAGAUGUACCACAAGCUCCAGGCUGGCGAUCAAGCCAUCACAUCCGUCCAGUGGCAUCCCCAGGAGACGAGCAAGGUUGUUGCGGCGGGUAUCGAUGGUAUUAUUAGGUACUGGGAUUAAUUUUGCUAAUGGAACGAUACGGUCUACUCCCGAAACAGCGUUAGAGUAAAAUGAAUACUAGACUUGAAAUAUUUAUGACGAUGGAUACAUGUAUGAUUGUGGGCGUGCUAUGGAAUCCGUGAUUCGAUUGGUCUGAGUUAUUGUCCUACCUAGGUGAUUUAUCUCC